CUGUGCGAAUAUACGAAUGUGUGAUAAGAUACCCAUUCGCAUUCUAUACUAGACAGGGUGUUUGUUCUUAUCGAUGUUUUAUUUUGAAAUUAAGAAGUGUUGCAUAAUUAAUCAUGAAAAUUUAUAUUCUGCUUGGAUUAUGUUUUAUUACUGGGUGUGCUGUUAAAAUGGCGGACAGCCUUAUUAUUCCUGUCUCAUUAAUUUCUGGUAUAGUAGAACUUUCGUCGUCCUUUUUGAAUAUCAUUAACGGCUUGAACGAAAGAAACGAUGUUUAUGAUAGCAUUAACAAACUGUCUACCAAAAUAAGUUCGACGAAUGAAAUGCUGUAUCAAAAAUUAGUAAUUCACUCACAAUGGAAUAAGAUUGAAGAAACGCGUUUGGAAAUCCAAAGUUCUCUUCUUGAUUUGAAACGAUGCCUUACAGCCAGUACAUCAGAACGUUUGAAAUAUCGCAAUCUGUUCAUAAAAAGGACCGACAAGGCUAUUUCGCGGGUGCGAUUCCUGGCAUCCCAUUUGAUUGACGUUGUACCUGGCAACAGUAAAAGUUUACUUGCGAUGGCCACCGAGGCCUCGCGUUGCAAUGCAUCUGGGAUUGAUGUCAUGCAAGCGGAAACCAUGGACUUGCUAUCAAACGGUAUACUCGUUGAAAUGUCAUUGAUGAGAAUAUUGGAUAAUUUUACACUUGAACAAGAAACGCUCUUUUGGGAACAUGAGAUAAAUAGAGUGCUGUCACAUUUCUUAUCGCAGCACGAUGCGUGCUUGUUGCGUCAGCGUUCUCUUGUAUUGGAAGACCUGGUGUCGUCCGUUAGUGCGUCGCGGCUCCAAAACGAUAACAGGAAGAGGUACCAGUGGGACUGGAAUGACGUGUUUCAGAUCCCAAAACAGAUACCAAAGCCGUUUCGACACUAUAUAAUUGACUCGGAUAAUGUUUUCAUAACACAGGGCGAUGCAACGAUUAAGAUCAUUACGUAUGGUGGAAGCAGAAAGUCACACCCUUAUUUCGCUAAAAGUGACUUGGAGAAGCUCGUGGAUAGCGUUAUUCCUGGCAAAGAUGACGCUGAAGAUAUUGCGACAAAGGUCAGGACCGCUCUUAUGCACACUGGCGUUCGAUUCAGUGCGAUAAUUGUAUUUUUUAACGGACAAGGGAUUCAGCCAGAUAUUGCAAUCGAUACCGAUACACCGGCUCUGUAUGUUUAUACAGAAAGAUCUACGUACACAUAUUGCAUGUCAACGUUUUGCGACAUCAAUUGGGAUGACUGGCUAGGUGUCAACGACAGGGUAUCUGGGUACUUUACCGUCUACGCAGUCCUUGACCCAACCGUCUACCCAGUCCUUGACCCAAUCCUGAAAGGUGCGCCUCAUCCCUACAACAACGAAAACUAUCACCAAGGCUUCGUUUACGAUGAUGCUGUUGCAUGCACCAAUCUUUUAAUCGUUCAUUUAAUUUGCAUUUUAAUGGUCUGGUGCAUUUAAUUCUGUUCGAGAGUUUAUGUGUUAGUGUUUGUGAUGUGCGUUUAAGUUUGUAUCGUUGUGUGAACAGCCCUCAAAUAAUGUUUCAAAAUGUAUUAUAUGCUAUUUUGAUGUGCCUCGUUUUUCUGUUUCAACACAAUGUUUUGAUUCGGCAUUGCUGUAAACUUACAAAAAUAAGUUCUCGCUCCUGCUUUAACAGUUGUAAUUUAUAUAUUUAUAUAUAUAUAUAUAUAUAUAUAUAUAUAUAUAUAUAUAUAUAUAUAUAUAUGUUAUACAUCAUACAGGCAUUCUUACAUAUUUAAUGCAUUUGUUUCGAUUGUGAAUGUAUCUUUGUCGUAAAUAUGCAACUGUUCAUAAGCGACAAAAUUCUGUUCGAGAGUUUAUGUGUUAGUGUUUGUGAUGUGCGUUUAAGUUUGUAUCGUUGUGUGAACAGCCCUCAAAUAAUGUUUCAAAAUCUAUUAUAUGCUAUUUUGAUGUGCCUCGUUUUUCUGUUUCAACACAAUGUUUUGAUUCGGCAUUGCUGUAAACUUACAAAAAUAAGUUUUCGCUCCUGCUAUAACAGUUGUAAUUGAUAUAUAUAUAUAUAUAUAUAUAUAUAUAUAUAUAUAUAUAUAUAUAUAUAUAUAUAUAUAUAUAAUGUUAUACAUCAUACAGGCUUUCUUACAUAUUUAAUGCAUUUGUAUCGAUUGUGAAUGUAUCUUUGUCGUAAAUAUGCUACUGUUCAUAAGCGACAAAAAUGUGGUUUUAUAAUAUAGUAAUCUGUAAUACUCUAUAUCAGCACAAUUUAGACCAUUGAUGUUUAAAGUAAAAGAUUAUUUUUAUCUAUUAAAUAAAGGUCUCGCUAUCUCAUUCUAAUGAUACAGCUAUAUAAAAUUUUAGAUGUAAAGAUAUUGAUAUCUAUCCAUAGUAUCUAUAAUUACAAAUAUUCGUCUUACUCAAGGAUGCAAAAGGUGAUUCAUUACUGUUUUCCAUCAAACAUUUGGAUACUGUAUGAUGUCAAAUGAUCUUUCAAAAAUACCUAAGUUAAGCGUUUUGUGAACUUCAUUAGAGAUUGAGAUAUCAUAUAAAACUCAAUAAACGAAAUAAAAAUGUCCAAAAUUUUUAUUAACAUAAAUCAUGACUCCACAAUUAGAAUAACAUGUAUAUUGUAAAAAAAAUAAAAUUGUUUAUUCGAUAUAAGGAAUCGUUUUUAGAGGAGGAAAUAUGUUGCACAUCCUUAGAAAAUUAGUGUUAUCGAAUUCACCCAUUUGCACCAUCAAGGCCGUCAUUCUUCAAUCAACAUCCGAUUAUGUUUUUAUGAUUGAAUAAUACAAGCAUCUGAAUAAUGCAUAGCAUCUCUUCAUUAAAUAAAUUUGGCGCAUGUGACAUGUGUAUACAUUAUUUUUACGGUUAAAAUACUACUAACACUGUAUUGGCUUCCUUUAAAACUGUUAAAUUAAAAAUUCGCAAUACUAUUUUAUAUUUAUGUGUUUUAAUAAUUAUAUACGUGUAUAAAUCUUAAA